AUCACAAGAUUUUGACAUGUGUCAGCUGACCUGAAUGAAAAAUUCGAUUUUCCUCGACAUCGAGCAGUUCAUUAAUUUUUUUAUUAAAAAAAUAUCUUAAAACAUGGCUUUACACUCAGCAAUUAAAGGAAAACUUAUUUCCGUUAUUGGAGAUGAAGACACUUGCGUAGGAUUUUUGCUUGGAGGCGUUGGCGAAAUCAACAAGAAUCGUCACGCCAAUUUCAUGGUUGUCGACAAAAACACUCCAGUGAGUGAAAUUGAGGAUUGUUUCAAGCGUUUCCUUAAACGUGAUGACAUCGACAUCAUCCUCAUUAAUCAAAACUAUGCUGAGUUAAUUCGUCAUGUAAUCGAUUCGCACACUUCACCUAUUCCAGCUGUGUUGGAAAUUCCAUCUAAAGAUCAUCCAUACGAUGCCAGUAAGGAUUCGAUUUUGAGACGCGCCAGGGGUAUGUUCAAUCCUGAAGACUUGGUCCGUUAAAGAAUUUCAUCGAAUGUGGAUUCAUUUGGUGAUAAAGUAUUAGUUCCCUCUUGUUUUUUGUGUAAAAUAAUAUAAAUAAUCAUCUUGUUAACUGAAAUCUUUAGUUUCCUUAUCGUUGCUGCUUGAUGUGCAUUUUCAUUCCAAUAAAAAAGGAUUUGUUUUUUGGUUGAA